CAAAUUUAUUAAGCAAGAUUUAUGACCUUAAUGUUUCUAUCUAAAAAUCUACUAGUGUUAUUAUCUACAUGGAUUUCUAUGUCGUGUAUAGCAGCAGUUGGUGAGAAGGCCUUCCAAGCAUGCAAGAAUUACGGACAGACCAUGCUUGAAUGUCACAACAUUUUAUACCCUAAAGAAAGAAUUAGAGUUCCCAUAGAUCUGCUACUAUUUCCUCAUAUGGUUUUAAUUGGAUUUCGAAAUAAAAAGACAGAUGGAACAGAUUGGAAGUGUGGUGGAACUUUAAUAAGUGAGAAAUGGGUGUUGACAGCAGCUCAUUGUGAGGAGGACCCAAAAGAUGGUAAACCUGAUAUACUAAGAGUUGGUACGGCAACGUUUGAGUUCGAUGAACUCGAAGAUUUAGCCCAAGAAAGAAAUAUAGCUGACAUUAUUAUACAUCCUAAAUAUAAACCUCCAUCUAAGUACCAUGAUAUUGCUUUAUUCCAAGCAGAUAUACCAUUUAUAUUAAGUAGGGAUAUAAGAAUAGCAUGUUUGCAAAUUGGAGAGAAUUUUCAAAGGAAAAGUCUGACAGUAAUAGGUUUUGGAAAGACGAUGUCAGCGGCUACUGAAGGAAGCCAGACUUUGAUGAAAGUUGAUGUAGACAUUGUUGAUAAUGCUGUAUGUAACAGAUCUAUGAAAUUUUUAAUCAAGAGAAAGAUUUUACCAAACGGUUUGACUGAUGACCAGUUUUGUGCUGGUGAUUACGAACAUGGGGGAAGAGAUACAUGUCAAGGCGAUUCGGGAGGUCCUAUGCAAAUUAUGGAAGAAAGAGUAGACUGCAGGCAUAAUUUUCCAUUACAUACAGUUGUGGGAGUGACUUCGUUUGGAAGAGAUUGUGGAAGAAAGAUGGCACCAGGAGUUUAUACUAAAGUGUCGAGAUAUAUUGACUGGAUUGAAUCUGUAGUUUGGCCAUAUCCCUUAGCAUAGUUUCCAUAGUCGUGAAGUGUAUUAACUGACUUUUUGAAAUUUUAAUUGAAAACUUUAGCUGUCUAAAUUAUUUUAAGUAAAAUGAAAAAAGGUAGAAGAUCAAUAAAACAUUUCCGAUUCUCGAGAGCAAAUGACGAGAACCUUUGUUGUUGUACGAAAAGUGAAAGACGUGCAAAAAAAUCGAGUGUUAAGUCCUUGAAAGUGAAUAAGUCAUUGACGAAAUUCCAAGUCUCCAAUGACCCUUAACCCGAAGCAAGAUGACCCAAAAUUUGAACAGUCAUUCACAUUUGGAACGCUAGUCAUUUUUUAGCGACUUCGGCCAUCAUUAUUGAAACCGCAAGGAACAUGAUAAGCGUCCAAUUAAUUGAACAACGAACAGUAUACAUUAGAGUGGUACAUGUGUCAUAAUUUGAUAAAGUUCUUGUCAUGAGCGUGACCUUUAUUUUGUACAGGUAUGUGACAGUAUGCUUUUCGCGCAGCAUUUGUUUAAAUAUGUGACUUCUCUUAGAUCUUCAUCUAUCAUUUACAUAUAUUUCUUAUUA